UAUCUUUGUGUUCUAUCUUAUCUUUUACAGAUGUCUCUGCUGGUGGGAUUAUCAACAGGUCUUUCGUGCGGAAAACAAGGAGCAGACAUUGUCUUCGCUUUAGACGCGUCUUACAGUAUUUGGCCGGUCCAUUUCCAGAAGCAGUUACAAUUUGUGGUGAAUGUCGUAGAACAGUUCCCCAUUGGUACCAAACAAAGUGACUUCCAUGUUGCUGUAGUAACGUAUAGCGAGAACAUCACCGUUCACUUUAACCUGCGUGACUACUUCCACAAGCAUCAAUUAAAAAAAGCCGUUAUGCGGAUCACCCAGUACUCCCCCGGGGGAACUUACACCCACAAGGCCCUCGAAUAUAUACGCCGACAGAUGUUCACCGUUCGCAACGGAGGACGAACCUAUUCGGAUAAAAUCGUUGUGGUAAUCACGGAUGGAUUGUCACAGGACCCAAAAGCUACACGAACUGAAGCAGCACGAGCGCAUUACGAAGGCAUUCAAAUUUUUGCCAUCGGCGUCGGAGCAGGCGUAGAUAAACAUGAACUAGAGAUGAUAGCUUCAUCACCGCCUCGGAAUCACGUGUUUACAGUGGAUAACUAUUCAAUUCUUAAUUCGAUUAAACGGAAGGUGGCCAGGGAAACGUGCAAAGUUCCAAUCAGACGAGACAAACCCCGAAGUGAUAUCGAUCCAUCGAUUGUGUAUUCCAACAGGAAAUCGAAACAGAAGUGUGGAGGCAAGCCAGCUGACGUAUACUUUCUACUAGAUUCUUCCAGUAGUAUAUGGCAACCUGAUUUUAAGAAAGAACUAUCGUUUGUGGAACAUGUUAUGGAUCUUUUCAAUACAGAAAACAGUAACGCGAAGAUCGGUUUGGUUACCUUCAGCGACAAGGUACAACCAGUAAUGAGUCUUGGUUCCUAUAAUAAAAGCAAAGUGAACGAGAUCCUUUCUCGGCCGGAAAUCUAUUUGACUGGUGGAGAGACAGAUACGGCUAAGGCCAUUAAAUAUGUGAGAGAGAACGGUUUCCAGGGACCACUGGCACGUAAAGGAGUGGCCCAAAUUAUGGUCGUUUUGACCGACGGCCAGUCCAGAGAUUACAACAAUACGGUUCGAGAAUCUCGUCUCACUCACCAGGCAGGUAUCUAUGUGUUCGCUAUAGGUAUCGGAAAGGACGCUGAUUACAAAGAAUUGAAGCAAAUCGCCAGUGACCCGGAUAUAAACUUCGUCUUUCGCGUCGAUGUCUUUGAUGCAUUGGAUUCGAUAAAAGAUAUUUUGGUAUUCAAAACUUGUGAGGGUGAGUUUUCAAAGAUAUAUUUAUUGCCAGAGAACAGCGACUACCUCUUGCUACCUUACCCGCUUACAACUAUGACAGUCGAAAAGGAGGCUAACACGUAGACAGAUAAACACACAUAC